CGUUUGUUUGUUUGUGCAGUCAAAACAAAAAAAUGGUUUAUUUUUAUUUUCUAAUGUUAAUAAAUAAUUAGACUUCCAUAAUUUCCUUGAAAUUAUAGGACUAAACUAAUCAAUAGUUCUAGUUCUAAACUAUAAUCAGUAUGUGGGUGUUCGGCUACGGAUCACUAGUAUGGAAAGUAGAUUUUAAUUAUGAAUGCAAACUUGUAGGUUAUAUAAAAGGUUACCAUAGAAGGUUUUAUCAACACAGUAUUGAUCAUAGAGGAGUACCUGAAAAUCCUGGCAGAGUAGUGACCCUCAUACCUAGUGAAGAUGUCAAUGACACAGUUUGGGGAGUAGCAUAUAAAAUAAGAGAUGAAGACAUAGAGCAAGUGACAACACACUUGGAUUACAGAGAGAAGAAUGGCUACUCAAAGAAAUUAGUUACAUUCCACCCAGCUAUAUCAAAUUGGCAGCCUUUUGUCAUAACAUUGUAUGUUGCUACGAAGGAGAAUGUGUCUUAUGCAGGACCAGCACCAAUAGAAGAAAUCGCAAAGCAAGUAAUAAGCUGCUCUGGUCCGAGCGGCACGAACAAAGAAUAUGUCUACAACUUAGCCAAAGCCAUGCGACAGUUAGCUCCUGAUGUUAAGGACGAUCAUCUAUUCCAACUGGAAACUGCUGUGAGAGAAUUGGAUAAAGAUAGAGGGAAGAAUAGUUGAUGAAAACUACAUAAAUCAAAGGUCUUUCUUCUUCUACUUCUUCUUCUUCUUUACCUGUAUAUUUUCGCACUUGGCCACUAAUGGUCUCCACUGGAGUCACUCCAGCCAACCAAAGUUCUAUUAAGUAUUUUAUUUGUAGUUGCAAAUACUUUUGGAGUGGAUUACUAUAGUAUGCGCCAAACUUCUGGUCCAUUCUGACAACACAUCGAAAUGUUCAGACAUUUUUGUCUUAUAAAACCAAGGAUGCAAGUAUAGAAGCGAGGAUGUUACAAAACUAGUUGUGAUAAUUGUUACAUUUUGUUGUUUAUGUUGGUAAUAUAUAUUGUAUUUCAAAAGUU